AUGCUAUUCAACCUGGGCUUCACAGCCGACGCAGCGGCGGCGCAUGCAGAGGAAGAGAAGACGACGACGACGAAGCCGCGGAGACUAAUAAUGCCGCUGCCGUCGCUGCCCGACCUCUUCGCUUCCAAGAACUCCACGCCCACACCUACACCACCUCUCUCAUCCAAGCCCUCGCAUCAGACCAUCACGAGCCUGUCCGCCGACAACAACGACGACGAAGAUAAUGAUGAUGAUGACGAUAAUGACGAUGCCAAUCCCACGACAACAGUCCCCCGCCCAGCGACCGCCCGCGCGCGCGCCGCCCGGCCCAAAACGCUCUUCCAGUUCGCACACCCCGUAGCGAGCCAGCGCCAUCGCCGCCUGACGCUGCGUCCCAAGCUACUCCUCCAGCUGCACGAGAGCAGCGCCAUGUCGCGCCCGUUCCCCAAAUACGACGUGCUGCCCGCGUCGAUUGCGCCGCGCCUGGCGUGCAAGUUCCCCAAGCUGUUUGCCAGCCUGCGCGGGCUGGGCCCGCGCGAUCUCGUCGUCGUGACGAGCGACAUGUACGAGCAGCAUGUCGACGACGACCGCAGCGACUGGUCCGAGGACUCGUCGCAGGAUCAGCGCGAGAUCGUGGCUACCAUCCGCCAGCCUCUCAUCAAGGACGACCCUCAGUCGCGUUGUGCUUCUGUCGAGAUUGUCUCGGGCCUGGGAACCUCGUGGACGGGCGUGCCGCUGCCCAAUGGCUCAUACGAGUUGGUCUGCAGCGCUGAUUUGCAGCAGAAGCAGCGAAAAGCGCGGUGGGUUGCGCGCGACAAGGGCAUUCGCAAAGCGUCCGGCAGCGGCAACAACAGCAGUGUCGACGGCCUUAAGCGCUUCACUUUCAGUGUCAUUGACCCCAAUUCACGGCGCCACCCGGUCAUCGCAUCCCUGACCCGCAACGGAAUCGACGUCUUUGAGCAGUAUGCGUACCCGGCCGCCGUGUCUUCCAGCGACGAGACGUCGUCGUCGCCGCCACAAUCGCCGCGAGAACUGAUCGACCUGGACGAGGAACUGCGCGUGCUCAUUGUGACCAGCGGAAUCUGGAUUGCGUUCAUGGAAGGAUGGGCCAAGAACUCGAGUGACGCCCUUUGCCCGACCGAGGCAUCGCAACCGUCGCUGCGGUCCAAAUCCUCGACCUUUCCGGGCGCCGAGCGCAAUCCACCCAACGAGCGAUUCUUGUCCGCCGCGGAUGCUUCGAGUCGCACGACGAAGAACCGCUCGAGCACGCAGUCGGAGGUUGGCCCUCUGCGGCAGGGCACGCUCCGGGCGGCCAAGUCCCGGUAUCGACAGAGUCUGAGCGCAGAAAACCAUGACCAGAAAUGGACGAAUCUGCAGAAACACGAGGCUGACGCCGAGAGCGAGAUAGCCGCCGAGAACAACCAGGCGUCCAAGGGCAAGUCGUGGCGCCGGCUCAGUGCGAUGUUUGGGAAAAACAAGGGCAGCUGA